AUAUCGUCCUAAAACAUUUUGCAACACUACCUCUGCGUUUGCGUUUUUGCAAAUGUUUUCCGGCGGAAAACCAAACAAACAUGUCCAAUUCCGUGAAUAUAUCUGUGGAAACCACCUGCGAGAAUCAGAUUCGUGAGAUAGGCUACGAUGGCACCGAGCUAUACCAACCGCCGCCUACUUUGUCGGAGAGUUUAGCGAAAUGUGCAGCUCGCAUAGACUUUAGCAAGACGUCGCUGGACGACCUGAAGAAGGAGGAGAAAUCAGCAGCAGCGGCAGCUGAAGAGGAAAAAGAUGCAACACAGUUUCAGGAAAGCCUCUGGCCUUGGGACGCUGUACGGAACAAACUUAAGGAUGCCCUUACCGAGAUCUGUGUGCUUUCCGACGUCAUAUCAAUUGCCAAGGACAAGAGGUAUCUGGUUCUGGACCCCCUUCUGGAAGAGGGAGAUGAUACCAAGCCAAUAGUUCAGGUCUACAGCCGCAAGAAGGCCAUCUCCCAGGCGGCCCAGGUUCUUCUCGGAGGUGCUGAACGUCUGCGCAAUGCCCACAGCGAGCAGCGUAACCGCAAUGUUUCCGAUUUCCACAUAGAAUUGUUGCGAUUGCGUCAAAACUGGCGCCUGAAAAAGGUCUCCAACGCUAUCAUUGGGGAUCUAAGUUACCGGACGGCUGGCUCUAAGUUCGGCAUGAGUGGUACCUUUGAAGUGACCAAGGCAGAAGAGACCUCCGACGAUGACACCGCUAGCAGCUCCUCCAACGCAUCCGGUGCCGCUGCCAAUAAUGGAAUGCCUAUAAAGGCCAGCUCUGCCUUACGCGUUAUUGUUCCCUCUGAACUACAGGGCGUUGCUUACAUUAAAGUUAUUACACAGAAAGAUCAAGAAGAUCUGUGCAUCGCCCAGGUGAACCUAAUGGGUCACGGGCCGAAUAUACCGGCCCAGGUGGGUGUUUGGCAGAAGACCCUUGAGUUCGCUCAAAAUGUUCUCUUCUGCAAAGAACUCUUUGCCCAGUUGGCGCGCGAGGCCAUCCAACUGCAGGCACCCAUUCCUCAUGUGGUGAUUGGAAACCAGAUCAGGGCCACCUUGCUGCCCAAUAUACAAUUAAUAAUAUCGCUCUGUCACUCUACCACCUUCGACUCAAACCAACCGGCGCCGAUUAACGAUCAUGACCAUGUUUUGGAGCAUUCCUUGCAUCAACUUUUGCGUGAGGUUCACUACAAAAACUCCCACCAUCCUUUCCCGCACCCGGCAAGUGCACCUCUGGGGCCAUCAAAGAAGCGUAUGCUGGCGGGUCCGACAGCUGCGGACCGGGAAACGCUGCUGGAGAUGACCAAGACCCAAACGAUAUUGGAACAAAUCAUUGCCCAAGCACAGCACAUUUUUAUGCGCAAAAGAACACAGUAUGUGCUGGACACACUAGCGAGGGAUGUAAAGGAUCCACAAAUAGUUUCGCAUUGGAACGCCAUGAACAGUCCAACGAUGUCUUGUGUUAAGAUCAACAUUGUAACGCACGGAUACGAUGCUAUCGGUCGCACCUCACUGGUGAUCCACGUCAAGGAGCGGUCGCUUAAAUGCAUCUGUCGGGAUGGGCGCGUCAUGCGAUUAUCGUAUGAGCCGCAGGAAUUACGGGAUCUCAUUCUCUGCCAGAUCAACUCCCACCAGAUUUCCUGCCUCAUUAGUCUGGCGCGGUGUAUGGCUUGGACGGUGCUGUCCAACAGCAAUCACUUGGGCAUUGGAAAGGUGGAACCGCUUGGAAACGCCAGUUCCUGCCUGUUGGCCUCUCCAAAUAGUGAUCGCAUGAUCGCCGUUCAGAUUCGGUGCGAUCCCCAGAUCGAUGUUAAAGUAUAUAUUGCGAAGAGUCCACGACAAGACUUCUUCCCCAGUCCUCUGGUCCCAGAAAAGUUGUGGGAAAAUCUGGGAGGAAAUUUCAAGGAGGUGCGGUUCGACAAGAUCGAGGGCAAGAGUUUCCUCAACAAAAUGGAAUUUUUGAUGGCCUCACUGACGAGCAGUUCGGCCUGAAAAGUUUUCUACUUUCAGCAUCCAAUAGAUUGUAAAUCGUUUUAGCAUUCUAGUUUAAGCAUUAUUUAAUACAAAGUGUCGUAAAUUAGCUCUACUGAAAAAAUGUGUUGAUACAGAUUUCUUUUGAUAGAAAUUUAUUUGGACAAAGAGAAGAUUUUCUUUUAUGAUUCAUCGCAUAAGACUGUAGCUCACAUUGUUUUUCCAAAGCCUGGGCUGAUAGUUUAAUGAUUCCGGAGACAUAUUCCGCUGCUGCAUGACGGUAAAGGUGUCUUCCAGGCUAACCACAUUGGCGCGAUUGGUGCUCUGCAUGAGAAGGAUCAAGGAACAUCUUAUAAAUUUCAUCACCCAUCUGAAACUCACCCAUCGUUCCAAGUCACAGAAACUAAUGUUGUAGUUCUGACUACGUGGCUGCAAGGACAUCACCUCUGAGUGUGCAGAAGGCGGUGGUGCUUGGCGCAGGUAGAGACCGCGAUUGGUGGAAAAGAGGACGGGCACUCGCUUGGCCGGCGCAGAGCCAGCUCCCGUUCCGGCGCCCAGAACCUGUCGGUAGAUCGGGCAAUGGCUAACCGUGGCUAUGGGCAUGUCCUGGGGCUGCCCCUCGCCAGAUACGCCUCCCACCGUACGCAUUAUGCCCAUGCAAGCGUGGAAACAGGACGCCACUUUGCCGCAUUUAUGUGUCGAAGGAUUUUACUCGAUUUCCUGAUCUCUGCCGCAACCCAAGAGUUUAUUAAAGUGGAUGUGCAUCUUCCCUUGCCAGUAUUGAUUUUGUGCACUGCUGGCCACGACACUGGUCACUGUCCGUUUGCCUGGCGAUUGUCCAGUGUGUAAUUAACCCCACAAUUUGUAUGGCCACAUCGAGCGACCGGUUGCCCAGACGACCGUCCAUGACCAUUCAUUAGCCAUGUGCGUGUGCCGGGCCAAUUGUCUCGGCCAGAAGUAUAGAAUCAAAACGAGGUAGCCGGCCUCACACGCGCUGGCUGCCAAAUUGUUCAAUUAAUGUCGGCGGUGAAAAAAAAACAAAUCUUUUUGAUGUAUAGCAUUGGGAGAUCGGAUCAGGGGGUUUCUCCAUGACCUCAGGUGCAGAUUUCCAUAGGAUUUUCUUUCCGAUUUCGAAAGCAGGAAGGAACCACAAUAUCCUUAAAAAAACACAGAUUUUCUCUUUUUUUACUUUUUACAAAUAUUGUUUUAAAACUUUAUUUCAUUUUAUAUUAUAUUGGUUUUUUUUUUUCCUUUUUGUGUACUUGUAAAUUGUAUAAUUAACACUAAAAUACUUAUUUAAACAUAUUUCCAUAUUCAAUCGGUUUUUUAUUCAUUCAUUUUUUUUUUGUUUUUUUUUUUUUUUUUUAAUUUUUACGUGUUACUUUUUGCAAUUUUUUUUUUUGUUUUGUUAUUUGUUUGGGCGAUUCAUACUUUUGUUUACUUAAUUCCAUUAUACAUAGAUUUUGUUGUGGUUUAUAUAGAUCCAGCAAUUGAAACGCUCAAACCGAAAGCGUUAGUAAAUAAAUUUAACUUAGUCGCUAUUUAAGUGUUUCGCUUGACGCAUCGUUGAUGCAUUCAUCCAUACUAUAAUUUAGGUUUAAUUCAUGCAGCACAUAUUUAUCCACUCUCCUCCUCCUACAUAUUUUAAAUUCCGACACAUUAAACAUAUACAAUAUUUAAAAUAGAUUUCUUCCAUUUGUAUCAUUUUUUUUUUCUUUUUAAUUAUUUUAUCAAUUGGUUGUAUGGAUGUGUGUGUGUGUGUGUUGUAUAUUAAAGAAAUUUAAUUCAUUUCUUUAUUCAUAUUCCUUUUGAUUUGUUUAUGUUUCUGGGCUUAUAAAUUAGCUUCGAAUCUAAUGCUAAUAUACGGUAGGCUCUCACAACGAAAGCCAAACGUGCUGUAUCUUCGGGAUCGGGAAAAGGAUGAAAGCACGGACAUAUACAAUGUAAAUAUUUAUAUUAAAUAUUCUAUGCACUUUAUAGACUUUUGUUUGUACAGCAUUUAUCAUUUUCAUAACUGUGAUAUUUUGAAGUAAACUUGUAAUUAGGUUAUGUUUCUACAAUUUUUUGCUUUUGCUGCCAUUAUGAAAUAUUUAAUAUAUAUUCUUUAUAUGCAUAUUAAACAGCUAAAUCUUAAAGUUAUGCGCGUAGCUAUUUUGCAAUAAAUUAGUGCAUACAAUAGGCUACAAUCUGUAUCUGAUUUUGUUCUAUAUAUAAUGUAUACAUAUAGCAUUCUAUGCACACAAUGCUUUUGGGCAAAUCGAAACGAGCUGUGACACUCAACAAAAUAAAGAAAAUCGCACAGAUACAAUCAUAUAUAUCUCUUAUAAAAUGAUAUUGCUCGCCAUUGGAAGGAACUUAAAUAACGAUCUUCAUUUAGUUUCUGUUUGGUUAAUUUAUAUAUAAAUACAUACGACAGGUGAAGUUGAAAUUAAAGACACGAAAUAAUACAACAAAUACGCAUUAAACUUUAAAACAAACAAACACAGUCACAGGGCAGACAGAAUAAAAGCAUUAAAAAAUAGGACACAAAGGUGCCAAGUUUACAAUUUUUACAAUGAGAAUUUAAAAGAAUAUAGUACAUACAAUUUGGGGGGCGAAAACAAGCGAAAUGAAUACGAUCUAGAAUCUACAAUCUAGAUCUAGACAUAUGCCCAUCCUGACAAAAAUGGUGCAUUUCAAGAAGUGUGCAUGUGUGAGCUAAAGACUAUCCAUAUACAUGUCCAAUAAUGCUAACUAUAUACUCAACUAGGUAUUAUGCAUAUCAUUAUAAAUAUGAUUUCUCGUUCAUAUUAUGCUUGCCUUAGCUCCCAUUCUGGAGCUCUCUGAUUUUCUGUCGCGCCUUGCUUAACAAAAAAUGAUUUCUUUCUACAAAUAUAUAUAUAUAUUUAUAUUAUUAUGUUAUAAUUUUUAGUUUAAUAAGCACGUGAUCUUUUUGUAUAAAUAGAGGGCUGGGCUGGCCAAGUGAAUUAAGGGCUUUUGAGGUGUAAGGUUUGGUGUGUAAGGUGAGCUUUUGCCUCGUUGCAACAAC